AAGCUGAAACAAGGCUCAAUAAUGGCGUUCGGUUGGUUCGGCUGCUAACUAUUGAGAAAGUAUGGGGGUGUGCUGUGUUUACAUUACGAGCGUUGUUGUUUUAUGAGCUCCGGGGCUUCUUGAUAAACGCUGUGUCACCUGUGAAAGCCAUUUCAGGAGUACCGCGACACCACCCGUACGCUGAAACCCUCACCGCCAUCGAGUGAAUCGGCGUGCUACGGCGACAUCUCGAAACCUGUGCAUUCGACUGCUCUCAACUGACGUCUAAACAAUGUCUCGGCAAGCUGUACGCAGUACGGAUCCGAAGAAAGUGAGCUCCGAGCUCUUCACACUCACCUAUGGCUCUCUGGUGGCUCAGAUGCUGAAAGAUUACGAGAGUGACGAGGAAGUUAACAAGCAGUUGGACAGAAUGGGCUACAACAUAGGACUUCGGCUCAUCGAAGACUUCUUGGCUCGAACAAACGUGGGCAGGUGCUAUGACUUCCGGGACACUGCCGAAAAGGUUCAGAUGGCCUUCAAGAUGUACCUAGGCAUAAGUCCAUCCAUCACAAACUGGAGCGCCGCAGGAGACGAGUUCUCACUGAUUCUUGAGAGUAAUCCGCUCACGGAGUUCGUAGAGUUGCCCGAGAGUCACGUCAACCUGAAGUAUAGCAACAUCAUCCCUGGGGUGAUUCGAGGAGCACUUGAAAUGGUUCAGACAGAAGUGGUUGCCUGUUUUGUCCAUGACCAACUGAAAGGUGACUCUACUUCUGAGCUGCGAGUGAAGUUUGUGAGACGGCUGGAAGAUGCCAUUCCUGCGGGCGAGGACUGAAUAGAAAAAGAGACACUGCCCUUUUGUUUCCGUAAUGGUGCAUCAUUGCCUCAACUGUUUAUAAUAAAGCAGCCACACAUUCCUUGA